AUGUCCGUGAUGCUCGAAGGUCUCAGCCUAGACCGUGCCAACAGCCCGGAUAUCGACGGUCUGUGCCAGGACGAUGAAGUUGAAGGCGAUGAGGUCUUCGUGCUGCGCCAGAGAGCGCAAGCAUUAUCCGACGUGACAAGCUCCCAGCUCUGCAGACAUCGGCCCGUUUUGGUCGUCCAACGAGCACACGUUAUUGCAUCCCGGAUGAGCCACAGGGAUCGAAAUCCUUACAUAUCAGAUCCGUCUCGCCGAUUCAUCGAACGCGAGAAGCCUGCCAAAUCCUCUGGAUACACAGAUAUUGGCAUCUUUCGAGAUUACAGCUACGACACGCCGUCAGCGAAGACGAGCCACUUGUUGGAAGGCCUGGUCUGUUACAAGGAGACGACCCUGCUGUCGAAGGCUACCUCAGGCGGCCUUGCGCUGGUCAGUCUGCUGGAAUCUCCUCCUCCAGCCACUGAGCUCACUGUUUCCCAUGCCAUAUGUCUGCGGCAUUCAGUGCUGGCGCAGAUGGGAGGCAACGCGGUCAUCUUCCAACACAUGUCGGUGAACCGGUCUGACAUCUCACACUAUCUCCUCCACCUCGUCACCAUCUGGGGCAACAUGACGGGAUCCAUGCAGCCAGGACAUGCUCCGAUCUCGAGAGUCAACCAGGUGAGGGACAGCGGUAAGGGCCAUCAGGUGCUCUCCACUUCCAGCAGCAAGCUUCAACCGAUCCGUGGGACACGAGCUACUCGUUCGACCGAUGCAGCCGGCUCCGAAGGUCUUCCCAUCGGCGUGAGUGAUGACGAGGAUGACGACCCUCCCACCAAGAGACAACGCACCACGCGAUCUGCAUACAGCAAGCCCUCGCUCUCUUCCACAGCACAGCAAGACAGUGCCAACAACGAGGACAUUGACCCAUCGAUCCAGCACACGGAUAUUGGCGGUUCGUGCCAUGACGAUGAGACUGAAGAUGACGAGGUCGAAACUGUUCACGAGAAGCGUGUCGUCCGUCCCGCACACAAGCCGAAGCAUCUCUCCCACGACCUGCUCUCGACAAACGACACCCAUGACACUGCCACCGUAGCUGAUGAUGACGGAUCAGAAGAAGAUCGUGAGAACGAAGCAGGCGAACCGGAUGUCUCGCCUUCAAUAUCAACCAGCCAUGGUAUCGAAGACGAAGACGCUCUGAUCAUCUCCAUCGAAAAUUCAGAAGACUUUUAG